AUGCCGGCACCGCGCCCGGCACCGCGUGAGGGGCGGGACUACAGCUCCCGGCGUGCCCCGCGCCCGGUACACCGUGAGGGGCGGGACUACGGCUCCCGGCGUGCCCCGCGCCCGGUACACCGUGAGGGGCGGGACUACGGCUCCCGGCGUGCCCCGCGCCCGGUACACCCGGGGCUCAGUUUUGGGGUGCCGCAGGAGCUGGGGGUGCCGCUGCGGGUCUGGGGUCCCGGUGCUCAGUUUUGGGGUGCCGGGGCUCAGUUUGGGGUCCCGGGGCUCAGUUUUGGGGUGCCGCAGGAGCUGGGGGUGCCGCUGCCGCGGGAGCAGCCCCUGGACGCCGCCGGGAUCCAGUGGAUCCGCAUGGGCACCACGGUGGCCACCAACGCGCUGCUGCAGCGGCGCGGGGAGCGCGCGGCGCUGGCCGUGACCCGCGGCUUCCGCCACCUGCUGCACAUCGGCACGCAGGCACGCCCGCGCCUCUUCGACCUGGAGGUGGCCAUGCCUGACGUGCUCUAUGAGGAGGUGAUCGAGGUGGACGAGCGGCUGGUCCCGGAGCAGCCGGAUUGUCACCUGCCAGGGAGUGACAGCUGGCCCCGGGUGCAAGGUGGGACACGGGGUGGCACUGGGGUGGCCCGGGCACGAGCAGCAGGCGGGAUUGGGGGUGGCCCGGGCACGAGCAGCAGGCGGGAUUGGGGGUGGCCCGGGCACGAGCAGCAGGCGGGCGCGCUGGCGCGGGCGCUGGGCUUCGCGCAGGUGUCGCUGUCGUCGGCGGUGGCCGGCAUGGCGCGCGCCGUGCCGCGCGGCCUCACCGCGUGCGCCGACGCCUACCUGAGCCCCGGCGUGCGGCGCUACCUGCGCCAAUUCUGCCGGGGCUUCCGCCGCGGCCUGCAGGUCAGCGCCGGGCCGGGGCCGGGAGAGACACGGGACAGACACGGGAGAGACACGGGACUGAACCGGGAGAGACACGGGAUUGAACUGGGACAGACACGGGACUGGCACAGCGGGCUGCUCUCGGCCCUGGGGCUGGCGCUGGCGGACGCGGUGCAGGAGGAGCAGGAGCCGUGCGCGCUCCCGUACGGCCCCGCCGCGUUCCCGCAGCUCGAGGCGCGGCUCCGCGAGCUGGAGCGGCGCUGCCGGGACGCGCUGCGGGCCCAGGGCUUCGCCCCGGAGCAGAUCCACACGGAGCCGUUCCUGCACCUGCGCUACGAGGGCACCGACUGCGCCCUGAUGGUCUCGGCCCGCGGGCACCCCGCGCACCCGGGCUCCUGCGGCGCCGGCGACUUCCUGGGUGCCUUCACCGCCCGGUCAGUGCGGCCUGGCCCGGGGCCAGUGGCCUGGCCCGGUGUCACCGGUCCUGUCCCAGUGCCACCAGCCCUGUCCCAGUGCCACCAGUCCCGUCCCAGUGUCACCAGUCCUGUCCCAGUGCCACCAGCCCUGUCCCAGUGCCCCCAGUCCUGUCCCAGUGUCACCGGUCCUGCCCCAGUGCCACCAGCCCUGUCCCAGUGCCAACGGCCUGGCCCGGUGUCACCGGUCCUGUCCCAGGGCCACUGGUCCUUUCCCAGUGUCACCAAUCCCGUCCCAGUGUUACCAGCCCUGUCCCAGUGUCACCAGCCCUGUCCGAGUGCCCCCAGCCCUGUCCCAGUGCCCCCAGUCCUGUCCCAGUGCCCCCAGCCCUGUCCCAGUGCUACCGGCCUGGUCCGGUGUCACCAGCCCUGUCCCAGUGUCACCAGUCCUGUCCCAGUGCCCCCAGUCCUGUCCCAGUGCCACCGGCCUGGUCCGGUGUCACCAGCCGUGUCCCAGUGUCACCAGUCCUGUCCCAGUGCCAUCGGCCUGGCCCGGGGCCGCUGGCUCUAUCCCAGGGUCACCAGUCCUGUUCUGGGGCCAUCAGUCCUGUCCCAGUGUCACCAGCUCCAUCCCAGUGUCACCAGCCCUGUCCGAGUGCCAUCAGCCCCAUCCCAAUGUUGUCACAGUCCUCCCAUCCCAGCACCCCAAUCCCCUCUCUCCAUGUGUCCCUGUGUCCCUGUCCCCGUCCCUGUCCUGCCGGUGUCACUGACACCCUCCUGUGCUCCGUGGGGGCACCCCGGGGGUUCGGGGGCACCCCGGGGGUUUCGGGGGUCCCGGCUGACCCCCGCCCGCAGCACCAUCGUGGUGGAGCCGGGCUGCGUGGCCAGCGUGACGCCGCUCGGGGACAUCAGCAUCGCGGUGGGCGCGGGGCCCGCGCCGGACCCCGGCCCGCGCCUGGAGCCCGUGCGGCUCUCGGUGUUCUCGCACCGCUUCAUGAGCAUCGCGGAGCAGAUGGGGCGGGCGCUGCAGCGCUCGGCCGUGUCCACCAACAUCAAGGAGCGCCUGGACUUCUCCUGCGCGCUCUUCGGGCCCGACGGGGGCCUGGUGUCCAACCCACCUGCCCGACCUGACCGUCAUCACACCUUGGCACACCUGGGUACCUGGGGGCACCUGGGCACACACCUGGGCACACACCUGGGCAUGGGGGGCAGCCACCUGCCCGACCUGACCGUCAUCACACCUGUGUUCUGGCCGGGCCAGCCCCGCCCCGUGUUCUUCGUGGCCAGCCGUGGCCACCACGCCGACGUCGGGGGCUGCAGCCCCGGCUCGAUGCCGCCGCACUCGCAGAGCCUGGCCCAGGAGGGGGCCACCUUCGUGUCCUUCAAACUGGUCACCGGGGGCCAGUUCCAGGAGCAGGCGGUGACCGAGGCCCUGCUGGCCCCUGGCGCCGUGCCCGGCUGCUCGGGCACGCGGAACCUGCGGGACAACCUGGCCGACCUGCGGGCGCAGGUGGCGGCGAACCAGAAGGGGAUCGGGCUGGUGCGGGAGCUGAUCGGGCAGCACGGGCUGGAGGCCGUGCAGGCCUACAUGGGGCACGUGCAGGCGAACGCGGAGCGCGCGGUGCGGGACACGCUGCGGGCCGUGGCCGCGCGCUGGGGGACGGCGCUGGCGGCCGAGGACACGAUGGACGAUGGGACCCCGAUCCGGCUGCGCGUGCACCUGGAGCCCGCCACGGGCAGCGCCGUGUUCGAUUUUGGGGGGACGGGCCCCGAGGUGCUGGGGAACUGCAACGCGCCGCGAGCCAUCACCCUGUCGGCGCUGAUCUACUGCCUGCGCUGCCUGGUGGGGCACGACAUCCCCCUCAACCAGGUGAGACCCCAAAAAAUACCGAACACACCCCAAAAAAUACCGAACACACCCCAAAAAACCGGCUGCAUGAACAACGUGACGUUCGGCUCGGCCCGGGGCGGGUACUACGAGACGGUGGCGGGGGGCGCGGGCGCCGGGCCGGGCUGGGCCGGGCGCAGCGGGGUCCACACGCACAUGACCAACACCCGCAUCACCGACCCCGAGAUCCUCGAGCUCCGGUACCCGGUGGUGCUGCGGCGCUUCGAGCUGCGGGCGGGCUCGGGGGGCGCGGGGCGGCACCGGGGGGGGGACGGGGUGGUCCGGGAGCUGCAGUUCCGGGCGCCCACCCAGCUCUCGGUGCUGAGCGAGCGCCGCGCCACGCGGCCCUACGGCAUGGCGGGUGAGACCCCCAAAUCCCCAGAAAUACCCCCCAAAUCCCCCCAAAUCCCAUCAAAAAAACCCCGCAAAAUCCCCCAAAAUUCCCACAAAAUCCCUCUGAGCCACGCGGCCCUACGGCAUGGCGGGUGAGACCCCCAAAUCCCCAGAAAUACCCCCAAAAU